CGUGGUUGCUGGAUUAUUUCUACAGAAGGAUUAAAAUAUCUACAAUAUCGUGAGUUUUACAGACUUUUCUUUUCAAGAAGUCAGUGACCACCUGUCUAGUGUGUGUUAUCUAAGUCCAAAUGCAGCGGCCGAAGCUGAAUCUCAAUGAAACGAAUAGUCAGCGGAAUAUAUACGGCAGUUGGUGUUCGUCGGUUUAUGUCGUCGGAUGUCACGAAUCUGUCAAUUUAAUUUUGUAUAAAUUGUUGUUAUGGAGAAUACUCGCGACGAAGAAUCAGCAGAUUGCAGAAGGCCGGAGGAUAUUAAUAACUCGGAUCAUCCUUGGAGCACCUUGGAAACUAUUACUACGUUUGAUCAGGGUAAUAAUAUGAUGCCAACACUUCGUCUAAAUAAUAUUAGAGAAAGUCAAGACAAUAGACAAGUUGCACAAGUAAAUUCUUCAUCUAGUAUGUUAAUUGUGUCUAUUAUACAACAUUUAUGUGCCUUGCUUGAGAAAGAUGAAGCAAGCAGAAAUAAGUUAUAUUACGCAAUCUGUGAUAAAAUGCAUGAAUUUGAAUUAAUUGAUAAUUCUUAUAAUAUGAUGGAAUUUGAGUCAAUGAGAGGACAAUAUCAACGUGCCAUUUAUCGUUUAAUCACACUUGCACGUUCCAUAACUGGGAGUGAGAACAUUCUGCAUAUACCUAAUUACUUGCCGGAUUUUUCUCGUUACCUUUGGGAAUUUCAAGAAAUAAAUUUCAUUGCUGGUGGUGGAUUUGGCCAAGUGUUUAAAGCACUACAUCGUCUUGACGGUAUUGAAUAUGCAAUCAAGAAAAUAAGUGUACUCUCAAGUCGUUUGAAAACUAUAACUUCGUAUCUAAAGGAAGUGAAGACUCUGGCUAAGUUAAAUCAUCCAAAUAUUGUUCAAUACAAAGCAGCUUGGAUUGAGCCAUCGUUGCCGUCGUCCUUUGUUUCAAAUAUGUCGUCCGUAUCUACAGAAACAUCCACAUCGCACAAAUCACAUACAUUAGAAGACGCGAAAGAUUCACAAUCGGAGAACUCGCAGUCUAAUGAAAAUUCCACUAAUAAUUCAAGCAGUUUAAAUCUUGAUAAGGCAAAAGACAGUAAGAGGCAAACUACAUUUCUUCACGGCAAAACAGCUAAUAAGUCUGCUAAAAUAUCAAAAUGUCUACUGAACAUCAAGUGGGAGAAUAAAAUGGAUGACACUGCCAAUGGCUAUACAGCUAAUGAUGAUACAGUUAAUAAGAGAUUAAGUGAACUUAAUUCAUUAACUAAUAUGAUAGGGAAGCGUAUAACAGAGAAAAGUAUUACGCAAGAAUGUUCUGAAGAUAAUUCAUACAUAGUAUCUUUUAGAAAUAGCAAAAGUAGCGAGAAUAAAAGUGAAGCUUCAAAACAUUCUAACUCCGCAAAUCAUAAUGAUUCACAUCAGGAAUCCUCUAACCAUCGAGAAAUGUGCACAUUUUUCCCCACCUUCGACGUAAUGAAAACAAGCAAGUACAUGACAUUAUAUAUUCAAAUGGCUUUGUAUGAACAAACGCUCAAAGAAUGGAUGUGCGAGAGAUCAAACGCAACGCCUCUCCCGGUGGUCAAAGCGGUGUUCGAACAAAUUGUUGCUGGACUUGACUACAUCCAUUCACAAGGAAUCACACAUCACGACAUAAAACCGAGCAACAUAUUCAUUACGACGUCCGGACCACUUCAGAUUCAUUUGGGCGACUUUGGCUUAGCUUGUUCGUUACACAGAAAGAACCAUCAUUCAGUAAUUGGUACUCAAAUGUACGCGGCGCCGGAACAACUGGAAGGAAAAUGUGACUCGAAAAGUGACAUAUAUAGUACGGGAAUCGUUCUCACAGAGCUGUUGAUUCUAACGCAAACGCAAAUGGAAUUAAUACAUGUGAUCAAUUCUUUAAAGCAUGGCGACAUUCCUCAGGAUCUCAGCACUGAGCGACUUAAAUGGGCACGAUUGAUUAUACAAUUAAUAAAAGAGGAUCCUGUUAAACGACCAUGUGCGAAUCAGCUUCUGCAAGAUUUAAACGAAGAGAAGGAUGCCACGAUAACUGAGUUGAAAAAGAAUCUUCUUGAGAGAGAUAACACGAUUCGAGAAUUACAGAAAGAGAUCGCGUUGCUAAAGGAAAAAUGUGAAAAAUUGGAGAUAUCGCCGGAAAAGAUAUAAUGUUAUAGAUUGCUAUAUUACAACAGGUAAAAAAUAUUUUAUUAUCUGACACCGAUAAGACUGCUGAAUGUCUUAAUAAUUUUUAGUCGAUAAGACAAUCUGUUAGGAUAAGAACGGUGAUAAAUUUCUAUACAUUAUAGUUACUUGCGUAUAGUCUAUAAUACAAUUCGACUUAAUCGAACUGUAAAAUAAUAUAAUUAAAUAUUGGAAUGUUAAGAUCAAGUCGAGUAUAUGAAAACAUAAUGUUAAACAAUUUUUAGUCUUGUUACGCGUAUAUCUAUAUAAAUAUUUAUCGAUACAUAUAGUAUUAUACAUGUGUAUACAAAGAUUUUUUUUUACUGUAUUUAUUAAAAUAUUUCCGAUAAUCUCUUAAAGUCUUUCAAUCCAACAUUAUUAUUUAACGUAUUUGUGUAUAAUGAUUAUCGUAAGUUUGUUGCUAAUCUUAGAGAGAAAUAUUAGUAGAAACAACAAAGAAUAUUGCAAGUGCCAUUUUUGUCAUCAUUCUAAAUUCAAUCUUAAUUUCAGUUAUUCUUUUGUAUUUACCUAACUCUCCGUUAUUUGCAACAUCUAAUAGAUACAUGUUCAGGCUACAAUGUAUCGCCGUUGCUAUAUCGCUUCAAGAUCGAAUUUCACUCAAUGUUUUUUUUCUUUUUCCUUCUUGUUCUUUACUAUUUUGUAUGUAUUCUAGUACCUCUAUUAGUCAAAUGCUAAUGAAAGAAAAGUUGUUUCAAGAAACAGAGGAAAAUAACGAGAAAAUUAGUGUAUUUGUGAGAUAUAUUACUAUUCGUGGGUGAAAUAUAUUGCAACUAACGGAGAGUUAAUCUCGUGCCUAUGUUAAGAUAAUUUUCUUAAUAACAUGUCUGAAGAUGCCUUGAAAUGCUAGGCGGAAAUUCUAUUUAAAAAAAACUCUAUAAUUGUUCUAGUUAGGAACAAUGUUGUAGGAACAAUGUUGUUAGGAACUUUUAUAACAGAUAUGCAAUAUUUGUAAAUUACUAUCGAACAGAUAUGUCAUGAGAAAUCCUUCAGAAAAUAAUCAAUUCCUGAACUUAAUAGAAAUAAAAUGCAAUUACAUAUUAUUAUUUCAACUAUCAUUACUAAAAUUACUUUAUCACCGUUACUAGAUAUGAGAUCAUCAUAUGAUGGCUGUAUGAUAAGUAUCCGUGUUAGGGGAGGAAACGAAUUAAAAAAAAAUUCUUUUUUUACUUAUUUCUUAACAUAGUCUUCUUUCAGCUCGAUACACUUUGUCCAACGAUACUCCAACGUUUUUAUGCCAUCCUAAAAAAUAUGAUUUGUCGAACUCCAUAAAAUAGGCCUCUGUUUCAGCGAUGACUUCCUCGUUUGAGGUGAACCGCUUUUCGCCAAGCCAUUUUUUUAUGUUUGAAAAUAAAUAGAAAUCGUAAAGGGCCGAAUCACUGCCUGAUAUUGCUCUUUUUCCACGGUGGCAAUCAAAAACUUGUCCACUUUCAACAGUUAUCAAAACAAAACUACUUAAUAAAUCUAUCUGAAAUUUUGACUGUCGUCAUUCGGAAGAUAGCGUUAAACGAUGAUAUAUAGACUUUGAAUCAAUGACUCCAUCAGUCGUUAAACACGGGUACUUAUCAUACAGCCCUCGUAUUUAAUAUUUGAAUAUCAUCAUAUGAGAUGUCCGAUAAAUUAUAUGUAAUAUCAUAUGAACUGUCUGAUAAAUUAUAUAUAAUAAUUAUGGUCGCUCAGAUAAUGAUUAUAAAUAUCCUUAAGGGAGAAUGCAAAGUCAAAUUAAGGCAAUCAAGGUUCUUGAUUUUCUCACAAUGCGUGCCAGUCCUUUGCCCUUCCUACAAAUUAAUAUUAUCAUGUGAAUUUAUAUUUAUUAUUCUUAUAUUAUGUUAU